AGACCUGCUUUUGAGACGUUGAAUUGAACAAGCGCGCAUCAGAGCGCCAAAGACAUCUCGAGGUAUUUUUUCAUACAUUUUCAACAGGUGCAAAUCCUCAAGGCUAAAGUGAGAUUAAUAAUUUAUCAAUUGGCCAUUUGGAUUGUAAAGUAUUUUCUCAGCAUUAUAUCCGAUCAAGGCUGUUGUCUGGUGGUAUAGGGGGGAGCUUUAGCCAUCGGAGCGGAGGGAGGACCAUGCUGUCUCUAAGCUGUGCAGACCCCUGGCCCGAGGGCUCGGUGGGGCUGGAGGAGGAAGUGGUGACUGCCGCUGCUCAUUCUGAGGAGCUGGACCUGAACGACAGCUCAGCCUCAGCAGGCUCCAGCAGCACUGGGGGCUCUGACAACCUGGAUGACAGCCUGACCAGCCUGCAGUGGCUGCAGGAGUUCUCUAUUCUCAAUGCCAAUGGGCCUCAACAGGCUCCUCUCUCCACUCACCACCAGCCUCACUUCUUCGGCCAUCAGCAGCUGGGCUCCGAGGCUCCCGCUUCCCCUCUGGCUGGUGACCCUGCAUCCAUGGGGAUGCCCCUCACCCCAGGCAAGCCUACAGCAGCAGCCUAUUGUAGGAUGCAGUCACUGUCAGCCCUCCCUAGCCUGGUGUCCCAUGGUCACUGCCCUGAUGAGGUGGACUACAAGACAAACCCUCAUAUCAAACCACCUUACUCCUACGCCACACUCAUCUGUAUGGCCAUGCAGGCCAGUAAGAAGACCAAGAUCACCCUCUCCUGCAUCUACAAGUGGAUCACUGACAACUUCUGCUACUUCCGCCAUGCUGACCCCACCUGGCAGAACUCCAUCCGGCACAACCUGUCUCUGAACAAGUGUUUCAUCAAGGUUCCGCGGCAGAAGGAUGAGCCAGGGAAGGGGGGCUUCUGGAAGAUCGAUCCCCAGUACGCAGAGCGCCUCCUCAACGGGGCCUACAAGAAGAGGGGGAUGCCCCCUGUCCAGAUCAACCCUGCCCUGCAGAACAGGCUUAGGGCCAACCCCCAACCCCUGCCCAGGGGCCUCUGCAACCCCACAGGCAGCCAGAGUGGGCUGUGUGUCAAUCCAGAGGCUCAGCAGCUCCUGAGAGAGUUUGAAGAGGCCACUGGAGCCGACCAGAACUGGGACCCCUGUCUGGCCGAAGGCACCAUGCUGGGGGCAUGGCCCAUGAGAAAGGGAGGCCCUGGACACAAGAGGAAACACACACUGGGCUCCAGGACUGCCAUGGUCAAAGUCCCCUGGCGCUCCAGCUCUCCUUUGCUGUCUGUGGAGGAGUAUAGGGAACUGGGCUCCCUGAAGGGGAAUUUUGACUGGGACGCCCUCCUGGAUUCUGCGCUGAGCGGGGAGCUGAGUCUGGACGGAGGGGAUCCACUGAGCCCCAUCCCCCAGGAGGAGGACCUGAUGGUGCGGGGGACCCACAUCUGUCCCCUGGAGGCCCCCGCAGGGACAGCAGACAGCAGCCACGUGCUGGCGGAGACCCAGAGGAGCAGCGGAGCAGACUUUGAGGAGACCUUCCUGGCCACAGCAUUCCUGCAGAGCCCCUGGCCAGAGGAAGAGGAGCAGGGAUCUACCAACUUCCUGUGCAGCUCCACAGUCAACCUGGAGCAGCUCUUUGACCUGGGAGACUCCCUCGGAGGGGACCUCAGCAGUAAGAUAGAGUAUCUUCUCUAAAGACAUGUUCUCCAAUUCUUUGGCCUUCAAGACUCGUUGACUAUACUGUGAUGACACUACUAGAUUAUUGUUUAAAAAGAGAGGCACCACAUGAACUAAAAUGGACCUUUUACACAUACACGUUUUUAAGAUUUCUAGAUUAUGUUUUUUGAAAUUGGUACAAUAAUGGAUGACAUCAUUAAUACCUACAGAGCAAAAAUGCCACAAUGAACUGCAGCAUUCUAAAUGAUUACUGGACAAAAACUAUAUCAAACCUACUGUUGGGACCAUGACAUUGGAUAAUAGACAUUAUCAAUAAGACUUCGCUCACAAAGAGAAACAAAAUAUUCCUGUCUGAGGACAGGAAAACCACCAAUAUGUCUUUGUUUACAUUCUGAAUAUAUAUGUGGUAUUGAAUGGAUUUCAGGUUGACAUGGAUAGAGGAAUUGUCAUCCAGGCACAAGGUGAGCAACAGAACAUUGGAAUCGACAUUUUAGAAAUGUACAUUUAUUUUGCAUUAGAUGAAAUUACAAAAUAAGACUUUACAGUGACUGUACUCUUUGAAAGUUAUGGACAGUUUCGAGAUGCAAGGCCAAUAGCAAAUGAUGAGUUGGGGUGUUGUACCUGACAGUGAUGCAACGUUUUAGCUGCUUAAGAUUAGUUGGUUUAGCAUGCUGAAUAUUUCAUAAAGGUUUAGAUGAAUCCACCUCACAGGGAAUACUAUUAUUUGUUGUGAAGAUCUUUGGAAUGUAUGCAUCAGACUUCAGGAAUUUCGGCCCUGUACUGAAUUUUCUACUGAAAUGCUGAAUGAUCUGACUUUUAACGAUCUGUGGAUGCAUUUGGAUGAAAUUCUGAAAAUAGUGUCUAUUUAAUAUCAAUAUACAAUAUCUGUAACUGAAGUGAAAGGAAUACUAUGAUGAUCAAUGAAGAGAUAUUUGCCAAAUUACUACUAAUUAGAACACCUUUUAGACUUAAAAUAGUUUUAUGUGUGGGGUUUUCUAUAAUGACUACUUUGAAUGCAUUCUUUGAAUAAUGAGCUUUCCACUUUAAAUGUAUGCAGAACAAUUUAAAACAGAUUGUUUUUUAGCAAGCUUAGGAUUGUCAUAUUAUCAGCAGAGUGUAAAUUUAUAUUUAAUAAUCAUUAAUUCAACAAAUUUCAGUGAGUUAACCAGUUACAGAGAGCAGUAGAGGACAGAUCUGGAUGUCGUAAAGACAAGUUCAUUCCAAUGCAGAAUAGCUCAAGGCAAGCUUCUUUGCAAAGGUUUCAGUGGCUUGUCAAUGAAUACCCGACCUUCAGGUUAGAUGUGCAAAGAACAACACUUGGGACCAGAAGACCAGCAGUGUUAGAGGCUGGGUUUUCACCAAGGAAAGCUGAUGGAGGCCUAUUGGUCAACAGAAGGACACAAUGCAAAAAAGAUGACAUAAACAAGCAGGAAUUACAUGAACAAAUGUUGAGUUAUGAGAUAUUCUCUUGUUUUGUUUCAAGUCUACCUUUACCAGGAAAUUUCUGUCUUUCCUCUGGUCUUACUCAACCAAAUCACACGGUUUCAAGACAUGAGUGAGUCGUAAAGGUCAACUUAUGGGACAAAAAACAGUACAUUUUCAAACAGAAAUGGGGUGUACCUUUGGUGGUUCGUCAAAGUGUCAGUCUUGUCAUGCAUGCCGUGACCGAUGUAGACAGUUUGUUAGCUAAGAUACCCACUUUAGCUAGCCAGUAACUCCUCCAGUGUGUUGACGUCAUUUCACAGGAUUUGUGUUUGGAAAGAAGCUGUAGAGGUCGGUAAGAAAUGGCCCUUCUGUAGCCAAAUAUCUUAUUCAUAAAUUGUGGUUGUGUUUUUAAGCAUUAAAUGACCUAGUAUGAUGGUGCAUUGAUCAGUUAUACAGUUUAAAGCCGCUAUUUUUGUGUUUUUACCCAAAGUUGAAAUUUAACAUAUAUUAAAAUGUACUAAUAGUCGUUAUCUUGCAGAAUAACUACUCCUGGUUUAUUAGUGUUGUAAAUCCACCAUGAAGUGUGAAAGUGCAAUCAAUGUACAGUGAGUGAUACUUGGUCUAUUUUACAUUACAUUGAAGGUUAGUAAUGCAGUGGACUUCGUCAGACCCAGUUCAGGGUUUAUUGUGGUACGGUAUGGAUACAUCCUGAUGGAAGGAAACUCCUUUAAAAGUGAAUUAACUACUACAAUAUUUUGUCAGUUAUGUAUUAGCUCUUCCAAAACACUGGUCAUCCAAGUUGACCCUAUUGGCAUCAUACCUCAAGAUUUCUUUUUAUGGAGAUAUGCAUUCAUGUGUGCAUUCAUACUGUUUAUUUUUCUGUUUUUCCUUGACAAUAAAAAAACCUUCAAA